AUGGAUAGCCACUGCGAAAGCACUCUUACACUACAGCUUGCUGGCAGGAAGCAGUGGAGGCUCUCCUGGCCUCCGGUGAUCGCCAAUGGCAGCUACGCCAAGGAUGGCUUCCUGGCAGAUGGUCGCCCGUACGACGCCAAGGGCGGCUGGAAGCCCACCCAUAGCAUCACCUUGGAAGCAGGUGAGGCGCUGCUGAUUCCGCCAGCCUUCGUCCACGAAAGCAAGAACGUGGGGCCUGAGGCGUGUGCGCCCUCGCUGACGUUCCAGUUUGCGGACCCUGUCGCAGCAGGCUUCUUCAGACAUUUCCAUCCGCGUUUGCGUCGCUUGGGCGACUUCAACGAGUGCUGGGAGCGGGUGGCCGUCCUAGCCACAUUUUCCUCCGGCGGGGCUUCAAGCAAAAGGCUGAAGCAGCUCACGGGCACGACUGUCGGGAAGCUGGCGAAGCUCGACAGCGGAGCAGGCACAGAGAGUGAGAUGGCUAGCGCUGUGAUCAAGGCUGCUGAGGCGGCUUGGCCCCUCGUGCUGAAGGGCGCAGAUCGCGACGGUGACGGUAAGCUCACCCAAAAAGAUGUCGCCAGCAGUUUCCAACUGCAGGGAUCCCUGGACUUCCACGACCUGAACGAGGACGGUGAAGUUACGCAGGCCGAGUUCGAGUCCGCCUUCGCGAGUUGGCUGAUGACCGAGGCCGUGGUACACCAGGAGAAGCAAGCCCGGAAGACUGUCAAGCAUUUAGAGUUCUAA